AACCACUACAGAGACACCCUCACACUAACAAACACCCACGUUCUUCCUCUUGCCCCUUUUGGUUCCUUUGCUUUGCCGUUUUUGUCGCAAGUUUUCGAAUGUGUUUUCAAAUCUAAAUUGUCGCGCACUCGAAACGGACGCGCUGCGCUCGGCUAACGGUGAAUAAUCGGCAGUCUAACGGUUUAAAUACUUUCCACGUUCGUAAAUUCGAGGCUCUAUAAAUAUCGAACUGUUUGGAAAAUAAUUUGAAAAUUCAAAUCAGUGCACUUGUGUAUUUUUAGGAGUUCUAAUGGCGAUCGACAAUAAUUAAACUGCUAAUAUUAAUAAACAAAAAGAACUCGAUCGCAUCGUAAACUCUUGUGCAAUAAAAUAGAGACUUAAGUGUCACGCAUCGGAUGGAAUGCAAAUUUAAACUGUAUUAGGCAGAAAUUAAAAGACAAUACAGAGCUCGAGGAGCAGCUGCAGCACUACCACCUGAUAAUUACCACCUGCACCCCCAUUGGAGUCCCUUGACUCCGCAUCAUGACGAGCAUCUCGGCCCUGCUCCAUCGGAGCCACAGCCACAGCAAUGGUUACACGAGCAGCGGGAGUAGCAAUCACAGCCAUAGCAGCAGUCUCUCACCGCAGUUGCCCGGCAUCAAUUUGGGUUUGGGCAUGGUCGGUGGCUUGGGCAUGGGUAUGAGCGUGGGAGUAGGCUCCGGAUCGGGAAACACCAGCCCACCACCGAUGCCGCCAGCUGACCUCGCCGUUCCGCCAGCGGUCCCCACUACGGUGGCACCCAAAAUGAACCAGCACUCGCACCACCAUGGCAACUCCCACCAUAAUGCCCCAACCAGCCACUCGAAUCCGAAUACUGGAAGCCAUCACAACAGCCACGACCACAUUAAGCGACCAAUGAACGCUUUCAUGGUCUGGUCGCGGGGGCAGCGUCGCAAAAUGGCCCAGGACAAUCCCAAAAUGCACAAUUCCGAAAUAUCAAAACGCCUGGGCGCCGAGUGGAAAUUACUCACCGAAGGACAGAAGCGUCCAUUCAUCGACGAGGCAAAACGAUUGCGGGCUCUGCACAUGAAAGAACAUCCCGACUACAAGUAUCGACCACGUCGCAAGCCCAAGACGCUCAACAAGUCACCGGUGCCAGGUGGUGGUGGCGGUGGUGGAGGUGGUGUCAAUGGUGGUGUCAACGCUGGUGGUGCGGGUAACACCGGUCCCGGUGGCCCAGGAUCAGUUGGCUCCCCCAAGGACAUGCAGCCCCAGCUGUCGCCUUUGGGUCAGUCGCUGCCACAUCUUCACGGACAUCCCCACCAGUCACCAUAUCAACCGCAUCCACACCACCCGCAUCCCCAUCCGCAUCAUGUCCAGCUGGCCGCCGCCACCUUGAGCGCCAAGUAUGGUUUUGGUUCGCCACUGGAGUUGUCCCUGCCCCGCCUGCCGAAUGCCUUUCCCGGCCUCGCCCACUAUCCACUGGAUCCCACGUUGGCCCUGGACCUACAGGCUCGCCUCCAGGCGAUGUACGCCGGCUCCAUCUACCACCCGUGGCGGUAUCUGCCUCUGAUAAGUCCGGAAACUCCACCGUCCCCGCCCAGCAGCAGCGGUACCGGCAUCUCAUCCUACGGAUGCGUCAAGUCAGAGAAGUCCUCGCCAAAUGCGGUAGUGGCCAGCGCGGCCAGUCCGCCGAACAUCAUUUGACCGACUCCAUUGCGCUUCGGCGCCGGCACCUCCUCAUCCGCGGAACACGUGGUCUAGGAUGGGCACCGCAGAGGGAAUUUGGAUGGUAAACUUGGUCAUCCCGCUCCAAAAGUUAAAAGUCCUAAUGUUAGAGCCUAGUGUUAGACGAAUAUUAUUGCGCGUCUUCAGUUGCUACUAUAAUUAUGUUUUGGGUUCUGAUUUAGUGCAGCUUGACUAUUUUAGAUCAUUAAUUUUAAAACUACAUUCAAAAUCUCAAUUUACUGGCAUUUUUGGACUAACAAUGCAGUUAAGUCCACCCUCGAAAAUCAAUAGCCAUUUUAAAUCAAAACAAUUUUUUAAAUCGUAGCUUAGAAAAAACAUAUAAUAAUUUUUAUAUAUAUUUUAUAUAUAUUUUUGACAUUUUAUUAAAAACUCACAAAAUCAUUUGAAUUUGUACUUACAUACUUAAACUGCACUUAAUAUUUUUAUUGAUAUGUUGUUAUAUGAAUAACUUAAUUAUUUUGAUAAAUCUUUGAAUUAUUACCUCAGCUUAAAACACAUUUUAAAUGGUUUUAUUCAUACCUAAUUUUAAGAUUUCACAAUCUUUGUUAUCAAUUUCUGGAACCCAAACAAUUGGCUUAUUAGGUCUAAAGUACAUUAGAUUUGUUAAGGCAUCGAGAACAUGUCCACUUUUAUGUAAUAUAUGAUUGUAAAACUAUACUUUAAUGUGAUAAAUGAAAGAGCAGAAAUCGAAUUAAAAAUAGUGUGAAAUUCCACGAUUUUUAAACAG